CUUCACCGCGUUUUCUCCUUCUAAUCUCCUUCUCCAAUUGUCCCUCUCGAUUCUACCUUUUUCCAAUUCUCCCUUAGUCGAAAAUUUGAGAGUAGAGCACCGAGCAGGUUCUGAUCUUUCUUAUUCUGAUCCUCUUCAGUCACCCUUUCUGAUUCUCCUCCCAUUGAAACCCUAAUAAGUAUGAAGAGCACUGAUUUUGAGAGCGGAUUUUUGCCUUCUGCUGUUGGCUGCCAUCCACCAUUGAUAACCCUCGAUGGAACUAAGGUUGAUCAUAGGAGUGUGCCCAAGUUCAGUGAAAUUGCUAAGUACUGUUUAUCCAUGGCUGAGAAGCUUGUGGUUUUGAAGGGAGACGGGCCUAAAGGGUUUUAAGUCAAUCUUCUUUUCUUGAAAAGGUCUCUUUCAUUUAGAGUGAGCUGAUAUGAAGUUUAGAGCAAAGAAAGAGCAAUUGAAGUACCUGAUUAGUUUCUCUAGUGUGUUCCAUGUUGUAGACAUACUUUUGUGGCCAAAAGGGAAAAAGCAUUGCAUGUUGUAGACAAUUUCUUUUUAUUAUAAUGACUGCAGAUGGAGCCUAUAGUUGAUGUGAAUUGAUUUGAACAAGAGAGUUGUUUUCAGUUAGGAAUUUCGAGUGUUGGUUGAGGAGAAGAAAAAGAAAUGAUUUGGAGAUGU